UUUCGAACUCGCGACGGCCGCGCGCUACGAAGUACCGUAGCACUCGCAGCAUGGAAGUGAGAACAAUCUCGCCAAUGACGCGGGAACGACGCGCGUCAUCAAGCACAGUCCCCACGAAGCGCCAGAAGAAUGUCCAUGACGACAACGGCAACACGGUCGAGGCGAUUGAGGUGCCUCGUCGUCGGAAACGUGAUGUGCUCAAGCAAGUGUCGAUGCGGUUGUUUCUCAGCGCCCAAGGCUAUACCACCGACGUCCUGCGAAACAUUUUUAACCAAGCAGAAGAAGUCGAGACGGCAUCACCCGUGUCUGUGACCGAGGCCUCAUCCACCGAGUGGAAACCCCGUAAGCACUUGUGGCUCCCGAAAACCCAGGACGAUGCAAACAUCAACCUUACGCACGAAAAUGGAGGCUCCUCCAGCGACAAGAAGCACUUUUUGCUGUCUCGAUUCACAGACCCGACGUCCUACUUCUACAAGUAUCACGACGCCCAUAUUGCCCCUCGCAAAGCAGUAGUCGUGCUCGUGAGUCUGUCGUGGCUGAAACCCCACGAAGAGAUCGUGAGUUGGGAGCGUGUGCAUGGCCUCAAGAACGCCACACUCAAGUGGGACGCGUACACGGAACCCUUGCUCGUCGACAUCAAGACUGGUGCGAUCCUUGACGGCCAUCAUCGCUACACCGUCGGACUGCAGCUUGAUCUAAAGCAACUCCCGUGCGUCUUGAUCGACUAUUUGGGCGACGAUUUUAUCACGGUGGACGUUUGGCCCGACUGUGGCCGGUCGUCGCUGACAAAACAACAAGUGAUUGACAUGGCCAUGUCGCCGAAUGUGUUUCCACCUAAAACGAGUCGCCAUCGGUUCACUGAGUCCCUUCCACCUAUUUCGAUCCCCUUAUCUGCGCUGCGAGUCGAGCCGACCGAAGGCACCUUGGGCUACGAGUGUCCGGCGGUGCAGCUAGCCCACACCGAAGUCGCGAGCCUCCCGGAUCCCGUCCCAUCCACCAACAGCGUCGUGGCCAUGCCGCCCCGUCGUUUCAGCAAGCGUCAGUUUGUGCUGCAAACGUCGCUGGCACUCUUGGGCGGGGCGUCCGAUUUGGCGACGACCGUCGUUCGUUCGUUGUUUCGCCACCGCAUCCGAGAAAUCGAGCGGCGGCCGUCCCACGGUGCAACCACGUUGGACUUGGUCACGCGGCCCGCGAAAAAAGACCCAAACCGUAGCGUCGCAUUCGACGCUAUCCGCGCGAACGACCCAACCUCGUCCUUUUCGCGCAUCAAGGGCCGCAUGGCUCAGACACUCGAAGACAUUAUGGACUCUGGGAACACCUACCGAAAGUUCUUUGCCUCGCGAAUCACAGAUCCGACGUCGUACUUUUACAAGUACCGCCUCGAAGCAGAGAAAGAACGGUCGCCGAAGCGCCAAAAAGUCGUGCUCGUACUCGUAUCGUGGUUGAAAGCUCACGAAGCCAUUGUGAGUGCCUCUCGCGUCGACGGUCUCCGCCGUGCCACUGUCAAGUGGGACGCGUACCUCGAGCCGUUGCUAGUGGAUCGCAAAACCGGUGCGAUUCUCGAUGGCCAUCAUCGGUACACAGUUGCAGUCCAGCUGGGCCUCCUUACAGUUCCUGCGGUGCUUGUCGACUACUUGGAAGACAAUUCCAUCACCGUCGAUGUCUGGCCAGAAUGCGGCAGGGAUUCGUUGACAAAGGAGGAAGUGAUUGCCAUGGCGCUAUCGGACGACGUGUUCCCACCCAAAACGUCGCGCCAUGCCUUCUCAGACAACUUGCCGCCCAUCAAGAUCGCUCUGGACAAACUGCGCCAGCCUUACUUCACCGACGCUCAAUGAAACGGAGUCGUCCAAGCAUUUAAAUAUAUCCUCGUCGAUUGGUUUGUUUGACGUGAGGUGCUUGGAGGGGUCCAAGGGACUGACCGACAGCUCGAGGCACUCUUCUUGCCGAACAACAUGGCAACCAACCAGUCGUGUGUACGUGUGAGGAGGUGCGAGCGUGCGCUGAGAGGCGCCGUGCCACCCUUCCCCAACGACCUCACCAGCUCGGACUGGCAUCGACCGAAUGCAGCGAUAUAGCGG